CAGAAGUGGAGUUGCGCGUGCGCAUUCCUUCCGCAAGAAUUUGGUGUGCACGUGUGUACCGCUUUCCAGUCUCUGUCGUCUCCUCCCACCCCAGCUGCUUGUCUAGGCGCCUGCCCCCGGAGCUCGGAAUGUUCCCGGAGCUCAAUAACCUUUUGAACACCACCCCUGACAGGGCGGAGCAGGGGAAGCUGACUCUACUCUGUGAUGCCAAGACAGAUGGCAGUUUCCUCGUGCACCACUUUCUUUCCUUCUACCUCAAAGCUAAUUGUAAAGUCUGCUUUGUGGCCCUCAUCCAGUCCUUCAGUCACUACAAUAUCGUGGGACAGAAGCUGGGUGUCAGUCUGACCACUGCUCGGGAGCGCGGGCAGCUUGUGUUCCUCGAGGGUCUCAAGUCCUCAGUGGAUGUCUUCUUCCGGGCCCAGGAAGAGCCACACCCCCUGCAGUUUCUCAGGGAGGCCAAUGCCGAGACUCUGCAGCCAUUGUAUGAGUUUGUGCGGGAGGCCCUGAAGCCAGUGGACAGUGGAGAGGCUGCGUGGAGAUACCCAGUGCUGCUGGUGGACGAUCUCAGUGUACUGCUGAGCCUGGGCGUGGGAGUGGUGGCCGUGCUGGACUUUGUCCACUACUGCAGAGCCACCGUGUGCUGGGAACUAAAGGGAAACAUGGUAGCCCUUGUUCAUGACAGCGUAGACACUGAGGAUGAGGAGAAUGACGUCCUGUUGAAUGGCCUCAGUCACCAGAGUCACCUGAUCCUGCGGGCUGAGGGCCUGGCCACUGGCUUCUGCCGGGAUGUGCAUGGACAGCUGACGAUCCUGUGGAGGAGAGCGCUGCGGACCACAGCCCAGCGGGAGCAGAUCCUCACGUACCAGUACAAGAUACAAGACAAGAACGUGUCCUUUUUUGCCAGAGGAAUGUCUCCUGCUGUUCUGUGACCUAAUUUAGGGACAGUGAGAGCUACCUUGGACUGUUUUUUUUUUUUUAAUGAAAGGUAAAGCAGCCUAGCAGAAAUGGAUAUUUACGUCUUCAUACGUAGUCACUAGCAGCUCCACUGGGACCCCCCACCGUGGUUGCAUGGUGCCAUGAUGGUGUACCUUUGCUUCCCUGGACCUUGUUCAGAAAACACAAUGAGGCACCUGCCACCCUGCUUGUGCAGAGAGGGAGGCUAGGUGCUGAGCCCCAGUGAAACUUCCAAUAUAAAUAUGCCCCAAAUGUCUGUUUUUGGUUAAAGUGCCUUUCAGAGCCAGAGUGGUUAUGAGUAUGCCGUCCAGGUAGCAGCCUGGAUAAUCAUGACGGGCAAAAAGUGAGCUCCUGCGUCAUGACUUUAUGCAGGUUGUCUCACUUAAUUUUCACCUUCAUCCUGCGUGGGUAUUUCCCCAUUGCGUCCAGUGAGGAAACAGGCUUAGAGAGGUUUGGAAGUAUGUUCAAGGCUGUGGAGUAGGUUGUAGGUAAUGAACGGGGCCUGGCUCAAAAGUCCACACUCGCUGACUGGCAGUCGUGGAAACUGGAGGCUAAUUCACAGCUUUAGGUCCUCAUGUUUCUCCUAGCCUUGCCCAUGUACUUGAUGAGUCCUUGUACCAUCUUGGUCAUAUAAGGCCCCAUGGAGGGCACAGGUGUGCACGGCCUUGGUAAGGGGUCGGGAAUGUUCUUGAUGCCAGGCAGCAUGGGCCCGGGUGAGGAGCCAGUGCCGCCUCCUCCUGUGAAGACCACAGGAGGUGAGCCCUUGCCUGGCAUCCUGUAGGUAGCCACCGUCCCACUCAGCCGCUCAGUCAAAAUACAGGUGUACUUUAUUGUAUGUAAAUUAUGUCGCAAUGAAUUUGACUUAAAAACUAAAUAAAAAGAAGUAACAAUGCUUUACUUUGCAGUGUACUAAGGAGUUUUCAUAUGUCGUUUAACUUGAACUUUUGUACAUUUUUAGUCUUUGUAAAAGGAACUAUUUAUCACAGUCCAGCCCUCGAGCUAAGUUUUGUGUUGGUCAUCUCGUGGAAAUAAUAGCUGCUAUUUUUCUCAAAAUUGGCAGACCUGAAUAUUUUGAGUUUAUAGAAUAUUUGAAAAUUAUGAGUGUAAGCAACUUAAGAGAGAUUAAUAAUUAGUCAAAUGACUUUUUAAAUUAAUACUUCAGUAUUUAUAAGAGCUUCAUAUGUUCUUCAGUUCUGAAUGGGCAAAACACAAAACAUUUUUUAACUAUGAAUGCUGUGAUUAUGUUUUUUUACUUAAUUUAUAAAUGUUUUCAGUGAACUUUUUCAUGUUUAAUAGUACAUAGUAUUUUUUGGUAUCAAUAUACUCUAAUUUGUUUAGUUUUCUGGGCAUGUAGGUUCCAGUUUUCACGGUUACAAAUUAUGCUCUUAGAAAUAUAAUAUACCUGUUUGAGGGUAGGGACAAGUGCUUGUUUCCUUACAACAUUCAUUAAUUGUUCAUCAAUGCAGCAAGUACUGAGUCCCUUUUACAUGGCAGGAAAGCCUGGUGGCAUAGUAGUUAAGAGUUUGGCUGCUAACCAGGAGGUUGGCAGUUCGACUCCACCAGGAGCUCCUUGGAAAUCCUAUGGGGCAGUUCUGCUCUGUCCCAUGAGUCAGAAUCCACUCGAUGGCAAUGGGUUUGGUUUUUUUUUUCUACAUGGCAAGCUGUUCCUGGCACUGCGCGUAUGGCAGUGACAAAAGGAUCGGCCCUUGUGGAGCUGAUGUUCUAGUGGGGGAGACUGACAACUGACAAAAUUGAGAAGUAAAAUGCAAGGAACAUCAGACCAUGGUAAGCACUAUGAAUAAAGUGGGAAAGAGGCCCAUGAAAAGUGAGGAGUGAGGAAAUUUUAGACUCUGCUCUCCAAACUGGAAUUUCUCAGUUAAAAUGUGGACUGGCCCUCACACAUUAUCAGGCUGUUCUUCAGGAUGAUGGAGCCAGCUAUCACUGAUUUAUAGGUUUUCCUCCACCAACUUAUGCUUUAGUUUAUUUUGAAUGAGUUUAAUAGUUGUGCACAAUUGUGUGAAAAUGAAUAUUUUUUUUAAAUGGCUAGGAUGCGAUUUCCUGUCUGUAUUUUCCCAUGUGAACAGAAUCUCUUCCUUACCCUUGACCACUUACCAGUUGAAAUCUACGAAGUAAAAUUUAUCAGUGUCUUUGUUCAUAUUUUGCUGCAUUUUGAUUUUUAAAAAAUAUUUUAUCUUCAAGACUUAUACAAAGAAAAUUAUAAAACACUUAUGCAAGAAACCAACAGAGACCUACGUAAGUGGAAGAACAUAGCUUGCUCGUGGAUAGGAAGAGUUAACAUUGUAAAAACAUCUAUUCUACUAAAAGCCAUCUAUAGAUUUAAUGCAAUUCUGAUCAAAAUGCCAACGACAUUUUUUAAUGAGAUGGAGAAACAAAUCACCAACUUCAUAUGGAAGGGGAAGAGGCCCUGGGUAAAUAAAGCAUUACUGAAAAAGAAGAACAAAGUGGGAGGCCCCACCACACAAAAAUGAACUCAAAAUGAAUCAAAGACCUAAAUAUAAAAUUUAAAAUGAUAAAGGUCAUGGAAGAAAAAAUAAGGAGAAUGUUAGGAGUCCUAAUACAUAGCAUAAAUAGUAUACAAAACAUUACUAACAAUGCAGAAGAAAAACUAGAUAACUGGGAGCUCCAAAAAAUCAAACAUCUAUGCUCAUCCAGAGACCACCAAAAGAGUAAAAAGAUUACCUACAGACUGGGAAAAAGUUUUUAGCUAUGACAUUUCCGAUCAGCGUCUGAUCUCUAAAAUCUACAUGAUACUACAAAAGCCCAACUACAAAAAGACAAAUAACCCAAUUAAAAAAUGGGCAAAAGAUACGAACAGGCACUUCAUGAAAGAAGACAUUCAGGUAGCAGAUAUAAGAGGAAAUGUUCACGAUCAUUAGCCAUUAAAGAAAUGCAAAUCAAAACUAUAAUGAGAUUCCAUCUCAUUCCAACAAGGCUGGCAUUAAUCCAAAAAACACAAAACAAGAAGUGUUGGAGAGGUUGCAGAGCAACUGGAACACUUAUACACUGCUGGUGGGAAUGUAAAAUGGUAAACCACUUUGGAAAUUGAUUCGGCACUUCCUUGAAAAGCUAGAAAUAGAACUACCAUACGAUCCAGCAAUCCCACUCCUUGGAAUAUAUCCUAGAGAAGUAAGAGCCUUUACACGAACAGAUACGUGCACACCCAUGUUCAUUGCAGCACUGUUUGUUGUUAGGUGCCGUCAAGUCGGUUCCAACUCAUAGUGACCCUAUGCACAACAGAACGAAACACUGCCCAGUCCUGCGCCAUCCUUACAGUCGUUGUUAUGGUUGAGCUCGUUGUUGUAGCCACUGCGUCAGUCCACCUCUUUGAGGGUCUUCCUCUUUUCUGCUGAUGCUGUACUUUGCCAAGUGUGAUGUCCUUCUGCAGGGACUGAUCCCUCCUCACAACACGUCCGAAGUAUGUAAGACGCAGUCUGGCCAUCCUUGCUUCUAAGGAACAUUCUGGUUGUACUUCUUCUAAGACAGAUUUAUUCGUUCUCUUUGCAGUCCGUGGUAUAUUCAAUGUUCUUCACCAAAGCAUCAAUUCUUUGGU